CAGAAUUCUGUUCAUUUAUUCUCUUUUCGCGCAUCAAAUGUUCAGAUCUCUUCGUUCUCAAUAUCGGCCUCUGGCUCGACCUGCCGGUACUCACCAACGCAGGAUUAAGACCCUAUCAGCCAGCAGGCCUUUGAGUCUAUGGAACCCGCCCAAGUUUGAGAAUGAGAAAAUGUUCGACUAUGCCAAGGGCUCUCCAGAACGGGCCCAGCUCACAGAAAGCAUCAAGAAGCUCAAGAGCACGUUCCCUGUCAAGAUUCCCAUCCAAAUCAGCGGUGCAGAAGAAAGUUAUUACGGCCCCCAGAAUACCUCUAUUGCCAGCAAGCAAGUUCUGAAACAACAAAACCCAUCAAAUCACAAAGAAGUCGUGGCAGAAUAUGCAACCGCCACGCCUGAGCAUGUCAACGCAGCUAUAGACGCCGCUCUCAAGGCAAAGCCCGCUUGGGAAGCUCUGCCGUUUGAAGAUCGCGCAGCCAUUUUCCUUCGUGCAGCUGAGUUGGUAACUGGUAAAUAUCGCUCUGAUAUCGUCGCUGCAACCAUGCUCGGAAUGGGCAAGAAUAUCUGGCAGGCUGAGAUUGAUGCACCAGCUGAGACAGCAGACUUCUUCCGACAUUACAUUGAUGAAGCAUGGAAGCUGUAUGCUCAGCAACCCAAGGUCCAGACGCCUGGGGUAUGGAAUAAGAUGGAGUAUCGACCAUUGGAGGGGUUCGUUUAUGCGGUGUCGCCUUUCAACUUCACUGCUCUUGGUGCCACGCUUGUCGGACCAGCUGCGUUGCUGGGCAAUGUUGUGGUUUGGAAGCCUUCUGACUCAGCUAUACAUGCUAGUUGGCUUCUGUAUCAGAUCCUUCUUGAAGCUGGUCUUCCAAAGGACGUCAUUCAGUUCUUGCCAGGCGAGCCUAAUGAGAUCACCGAUGCAGUCCUGAAGAGACCUGAAUUCGGUGCGCUGACUUUCAUCGGCUCGACCAAGGUCUUCAAGGGGUUGCAGAAGAAGAUCGGUAAUGGCAUUGGGGAUGAGACUUACAACUCAUAUCCCCGGGUUGUCGGAGAGACCGGCGGCAAGAACUGGGGAAUUGUUCACCCAACCGCAGAUGUCAAGAGCGCCGCUUUAAACACAGUCCGAGCCGCUUUUGAGUAUCAAGGACAGAAGUGCUCCGCCAACUCUCGAGUCUACGUCGCGGAGUCAGUGUGGCCUGAGUUCAAGAAACAUCUUCAAGAGCAGGUGUCUGCUUUGAAGGUCGGAGACGUCGAGAACUACGAGAACUUCAUCAACCCGGUUAUUCACGAAGCUUCCUUUGAUAAAUUGAACAAGAUCAUCGAAGAUGCCAAGAAUGAUAAGGAGUUGGAAUUGGUUGUCGGUGGCAAGGCUUCCAAGGACAAGGGUUACUACGUCUACCCAACUGUCUAUCAAACGACCAACCCUCGUCACGAGAUCAUGACACAAGAGCUUUUCGGUCCUAUCCUCGGCAUCUAUGUUUUCCCUGAUGAUCAGUGGGAAGAGACAUUGACACUGCUCGACACUACAUCCAGAUAUGCUCUGACAGGCAGUAUCUUUGCCAAAGACCCAUACGUGCUUCGCCACGCCCAAGGUGCUCUGAAGCACGCCGCUGGUAUGCUAUAUCUGAACACAAAGUGCACGGGUGCAGUGGUGGCUCAGCAACCUUUUGGCGGGUCUCGUGAUUCGGGCACCAAUGAUAAGACUGGAACUAUGGCUCACUUGCAAAGAUUCGUGAGCACGAGGACAAUUAAGGAGGAGUUUGUACCAUUGGAGAAGGUUCUAUAUCCUUCGAACGAGUGA